AUGGAGUUCUAUUUGCCUAGUGUGCCACUGCUGAAAAUCUUCUCCUAUCUGGACGCCUUCAGUUUGCUACAGGCUGCCCAAGUGAACAAGGACUGGAAUGCAAUUGCAAGCAGUGACAUCCUGUGGAAGAAGCUCUGUGUGAAGAGAUGGCUCUUCUGUGAGGAUGUCACCCCGCAGCUCCUGGGCACAGAGACAUGGAAGCAGUUCUUUCAUUAUAAAACAUGGCAAGAACACUCCAAGUCCCGGGCAAAGCCAGAAGAUUUCACUUACAAGGAAAUUCAUAUGAAGACAACAGGAUUUCAGGAAUUUGCAUGUUAUAUCUCAGGGCGUGGCUUAACAAGAAACCGACAAGACAGAUCAGUUGUCUGUAUUGCAAAUUCUGAGGCCCAGAUUUCCGCCUGGGAUAUUCACGAGGGUGUGAUGAUUUCGGAAAUGUCAAAAUAUGGCAUCUACAUCAAGAUGUUGACGACCCUCCCUGAGAUGCAGGUUGUGGUCACUGUAGAUAUUCAACAAACUAUCAAACUGUGGGACUGUCACAAGGGUCAACCUCUGGCAACUUACAGGCUGUCACUUUCCUGUGUAUCACUGGAAGCUGUCUUUACAAAGGAUGGCCCGAUUGUCUUGGCAGGUGAUUCUGAGGGUAAUCUCUACAUCUUUAGGAUUCCCGACUUACACCUCAUUUCCAAAGCCCAUGCAUUUCAAUCCAGGAUUGAAGAACUCUACUGCUCUCCUCAGAAGAAAUGGGUCUUUCUGACUAAGGAACACGAACAUGUCUUGCCAAGGGUGUAUUUCCUGGACAGCUUAAUGAGGACAUUGGAAUUCCCUGCCCCUCUAUCUACCAUUCUCUCCUUCUCAUUAUGCCAAGGAGCCUGCUGGACCCCAAGAAGGGAAGACAGGAUAACCCUGAUGUCCAGAAGAGCAUUCCAAAAUCUCACAAAAUUUGCCACAUUUGAUAUGAAGCUGGAAGAGAUUGGGAACCAACUAACUGUUAAAGAACAUUUGGUAGCAAGUUUCGAGUUCCCAGGUUAUGAAGAGAUCCCGCAAUGGAUCGGAGUCAGUGACAAGAACGUGAUUGUCUGUUCAACUAUGUACUCUCUCUUGGUCUUUAGCAUGGACGGCUACAUUCUGCAGAGAUUUCAGUACUACCCAGAAGAGAUCUUGAGACUAUCGGCAGACCCAGUUUAUGUCAUUGUCACCUUUAUUGAUGGCUCUUUGGAUGUGUACGCAUGGGAGGAGAGAAGCCUGCUGCUCAGGAGGUGUUAUCGGCUACCAAAUAGGAGAUUACUGACAUCUUGUUUUUCCUUUGGCAGCCUUCAUAUGAAAACAUUAUGUGAUGAUGUGAGCAUAAUUCACAUGAUGACAAAUGGUCCCAACCAAAUCUAUCUGAUGGUAUAUACCUUGAACAUAUGUUCUUGA